AUGCAAUUUUGGCCCUUACUUUACUCCUUCUCCACCACCCUGAGCAGUCAGUGCUACUGGCAGGCCAGUGCCUCUACCAAAGCAGAUCGAGCGAUCUACGGCUUCCAGCUCGGCGCGAUGAUCUGGUUCGGUGUCCCCUUCUGCUUUGGUACCGCUUGUGGGUUGGCCUAUUUGGCCUUAGGUCUGGCGAAUGGAGGGGACCUUCUCAGCCAGGCAGAUGUAAGCGCAGGCUUGGUGCCAGUCGUGGUGGCCUGGAACCUGUUUGGUCGUAUCGGUGUGAUAUUGUUGGUGCUCCUAUGCCUGAUGGCGAUCACAAUCACUGGGUCGUCCCAGAUCAUGGCCAUGACCUCGAUCAUAAUACUCGACAUUUAUGCCAUCUACGUAAAGGUGAGAAGGCACGCGAUAAUAAGGUAUAUUGAGUAUAUGCUUAUGUUUGUGCAUAUAUAUAUAUAUAUAUGUGUGUGUGUGGAUGAGUGGGUGGGUGGUUUGGGUAUUGCUGAAUUUAUAUGA